CAACACACAUGUCUUCCCAUGUCGACCGACGAUUUCCUGCGAACAUGUGAGAAUUGCCACACCAGGAAAGUUCGCUGCAGACGGGCGCCAGGAAAUGCAGCCUGCUUGAACUGCCAGAACAGGCGGGAAAACUGUCACUUUUCCCGCGACAAAAGGCGACAUCGACAUCGGCGAAAUGGUACGAAUGGAAAAGAUGUGACAACCGGGAGAAGAUACUGAGGAGAGGCUGUGAUUGCAGGUGAAGAUGGACGGCCGAGUCGAUCCCAGUUUCAAGAAGUCCAUGUCUGGCAUAUCCAACCCGAAACAGAACACAACACCACGGAUCCUGUGUCUGUAAACGCAGAUCCCAAUGUUGAGGCCAUACAACACACGCCCCCGGCGCCGAGUGACAGCAACCUCUUUGUUGAUCAAUUGCUCCAGUAUGACCGACGCGUUGUGGGCAAAAGGACAUACCAGAAGAGGCUGUUUGAAGCCGAUGAACACCAUGUGACAUGUUCGAGCUAUUGUGUCUUUACCGAGUCUCGGUUGCAGUCGUUGGCACGAGUUCUCGGUCAUGGCAAGGUCGGGCAGAUGAUCGACGAAAUGCGCUCGGUCGUGACAGAGCGUCUUGAAAACGCCACCAAGAUCUUCUGGAGUCCAGGUUCGGCAGUGUUGCGCAGAGAUGCUGACCUGUCCCAGAACUUGAGGGAAGAGUACAUCCAAGCAUAUUUUCGUUACGUGCAUCCGGUGUAUCCAUUUCUUGAUCAGGCGUCAUUUCUGGAAGAAGUCUCCAAACCUCAAUUUGGCCAGCUUUUGCGCAACCACCCGGAAUGGUCCGCACUGUACAACACUGUACUGGCUCUCGGCUGCCAGUACCAUGGCAGGGGGGCAUUCUUCCCAGGGAAAGGUCUGGCAUGGCACUUCUUCAUGAAGGCGCGGGAGUGUUUCCCGAAAACCUUGGGUCCAAUGCCAACGCUUCUACAUGUACAGACUGUGACCGCAAUGGCCAUCUUCUCCCAGAACAUGAGUUCGUUCCAGUUCAAAGAGGACCUUCUUUCAGAAGCUGCUAGGCUGGCGAGAUGUCUCCAACUGCACAAGUCGGAUCGGGUCGAUGAAUCCAGAAUUUUUUGGGUGAUAUACCAGCUCGAGAAAUCUUGGUGUUUCCAGAACUCGAGGACUUCUCUCAUCGCCGAUUUUGAUAUCGAUUGUCUGCCGCCAACGACGACAGACCCUAUACGGAGUAGCCAUGACUGGUUCUUGAGUAGCACGCGACUGGCAAGGUUGUUGUCGGUCUGCUACGAGGAACUUUUCUCCGUGAAGGCGACAAUGUAUACCGUGGACCAGAAGCAGACCAAGAUCCAGAGUGUUUAUAAAGCACUUCACGCCUGGAAGGAGAGCAUUCCUGCCCAAUACAGGCCGGACAAUAUUGUUGGCAUCCCAGACGGACAAGGUCCACAGUCCCGCGCAGUGUUGAUACAUCUCAACUUUUCUUACCACAGCGUCGUCAUCGCACUUGCGAGGCUGGCGAUCCACUGUGGGAUCGAAGGGGAUCUGUCAGACUUUGGCACCGGCGAGGUCAUGCUUCGGAACGCUGCAAGAGCGAUCUUGGAACUCACGAGUCUGAUUGAUCUCAAAGCGUAUACGUCGCUCUGGGCGUUGGCUACUAUGCCUCUCGCCGCCAUGUUGAUUCUGUUUGACCUGGUCAUUCAAGACCCUACCGGUCCAGAUGCCAAAACCAACCUGCUUUUUCUAGACAUGGCAUCUGGAUACUUUAGCCGCCUCGAGCAUGUGACCGAGGCCGCGAUGCAAACUUCUCGCCUUUCCGAAUUUACGUACAUUGCAAGGGAGUAUCAUCGGAACGAAAUACUCAGGCUCCAAACAGACCGCAGUGGUUCAUCCGCAUUUCCAGGACAGCAAACGGUGUCUUUAUUGCUCGGCGAACCAAGCACCAACAGGCCAAGUCUCAUGGACUCGAACACGAAUGGUAGUCUGCUGCCGGGCCCUGACAGAGCUGAAAUUCAUUCACCACAAGGUUUGCAGGUUCACGUUGCGGGAGAACGAACCGCAGUUGAAGGUUCUGUGCCGGCUGCAGCACUCGGCGGUCCCGUCUCUCAUUUGUCAGUGGGCGCCGGGCAGUUCAGCUUUGAAGACUUGUUCAACACAGUCAUCUUGCCAUUCGAGAAUCAACAACCAUGGUGAAGGCUUCAAAGGACCAGCUCGGCGAGACAGCACAUUUGACUCCAAGCGAUACCUCAUCAGGUGAUCGGGGUGAUUGAUGGCGUUUUUGAGUCACCUGUCGAAGCCCUCAAGACGAGGAAGACCAAAAAAUGAUAACGCGUGAAUGAGUACAUUCCGACACCGACGUGAGUACAAAUGCAAAUCAACCUGGCCUGUUGGUUUCACUCUGCAAGAUCAAGGAGUGAGUACCUCUAACGUCAUGCACACAUUGACUAUAACCGCCUGAUCACGAUCGAGCUGCGGCUGUUGCCAACAUGAUGGCCAGUGACGCAAAUGAAUACAAUGUUCUUCACGAGGCUGUGCACGAUAGAGGGUUCCUGGAUGGCAUCUCCACCAGAAGCGAGAGACGGCUGCGAGUAAGGCGAAGAUAGAAAUGUACUUGGACGAAUAUGAC